UCCCGUACACCCUCCACCGAUUCAUCCAUGGAGAAUAUGCUCCACUUAACCCCAUCCCGUGGCUUGCUCCCGGACGAGUUUAUCUUCUCGCCCGACCAGCUCCCGCCUGCCAUCUCCGCGGCCGGUGUCUCCCUGCCCGUCGUCGACAUGUCCCGCAGCCGCGACGAGGUUCGCCGCGCCAUCCUCGACGCCGGCAAGGAGUUCGGCUUCUUCAUGGUCGUCAACCAUGGCGUCUCGGAGGAGGCGAUGCGGGACAUGGAGGCGGUGUGUCAGGAGUUCUUCCAGCUACCGGCGGCGGAUAAGGCUCACUUGUUCUCGGAGGAUCCAAGCAAAGCCACCCGGAUCUUCUCUGGCUCCAUCUUUGAGACCGGGGGCGAGAACUACUGGCGGGACUGCCUCCGCCUUGCCUGCGCCUUCCCCGUCAGUGACAGCAGCAAGGACUGGCCCGACAAGCCCCAGAGGCUUCGGGAGGUUGUCGAGAAGUUCAUCGUGCUGACGAGAGGCAUGGGGAUGGAGAUACUGCGGCUGCUGUGCGAGGGCAUGGGGCUCCGACCUGACUACUUGGAGGGGGACAUCAGCGGCGGCGAUGUGGUCCUCCACAUCAACCAUUACCCACCGUGCCCGAACCCGGAGACGACGCUCGGCCUGCCGCCGCACUGUGACCGCAACCUCCUCACCCUACUCCUCCCAAGCUUGGUUCCUGGACUCGAGGUCGCCUACAAUGGCGACUGGAUCAAGGUCGUGCCCGUGCCCAACUCCUUCGUCGUCAACUUCGGCUUGCAGCUCGAGGUUGUGACCAAUGGGAUGCUGAAGAGCAUAGAGCACCGUGUGACGACCAACAUGGCGGUGGCGAGGACAACGGUGGCGACGUGCAUCAUGCCGGCAGCAGACUGUCUCAUUGGCCCCGCGGAGGAGUUCCUUAGCGAGGACAACCCGCCGUUGUACCGCACCCUCACGUUCCGCGACUUCAAGCGCAUCUACAAUGUUGUAAAAUUGGGGUCAUCGCUCAAUCUUACCACAAACCUCAAGAACGUUCAGAAGGAGAUAUGAAGCAAAUUAAAACAAAAGUCCGGCCUUCAGGCCGGCCAUGGAUUUCAGUGACAUGGAUCUCUAGCUCCUGGCCGGGAUCCAUGUACGUACGUACGUAAUACAUACCCGUCCGUCCCUGUUGAUGAUGAUACCCAGCCGUCUGUACGUAAUUAAUAUAUAUAUAUGAAGCAAUAAAUAAAAACGACUUUUUAUAUAAGCUAGUCAUGAAUAUAUAUUAUAGGAUGUUAAUCGGC